AUGUCCAAAUCAAAAUCCAUCCUAAGUUUAAUUUUAUUAUUAUUCUUGUUUCUUGAAAUCGUUUACUCUUCAACUUUUAAUAUCGUUACGGAUAAAAAAGAAUUCAAACCAUCAACCGAACUUUAUGGUGUUUUCAGUCAAAGAGAAAAAGAUCUUGAACUUGGAGGUUACCAUAAAGCAGAAAUUUAUUUUAAAACUACCGUACCCUCAAUAAAUCCCGAUCAAAGUGGCGUAAAAAGUGUCGAUUGUAGCGAUGGUAAUAAGAUUACUCUUAACCUAGAUGACGGAAAUGCUAUCAAGAACGUUAAUAAUUGGCCAAAUACCGUAAUGUUAAUGGUUUCCCAUAAGUGGGACUGUUUUAAAAAGAAUGAGACCCAAUUUUUUUUGACAAAAAAUAAAUCUAUCGAUAUACCUAAUAAAAAAGUAACCUUUACUACGGAAAGUUGCGAUGUUUCUGAUUGGGCUAAAAAUUUUGCCAUUGACCUUACCUGGGUGGAAAGAAAAAGAAGUAGUAGACGUAAUAGUAUUAACAAAAGAAUCCCACUUCCAACAAUUGAUAAAAGUGGUACAUUGAAUUUAAACGUUUUAUUCGAUGAAACAACAGGAAAAUCAUCAAAACCCAACCUUUCACUUUUUUCCAAUUCCGAUAUUUCUGUAUUAUGUACAGAUUGUUUUAUGAAAGGUGAAGCCACAAUUUCUGCUAAAUUUGCUGGUAGUUUUUCUCUUUCCGGUGUAAAAUUAGAUGAAGCUACAGUUUCAUUAAGUGGAAGUGCCUUAAUGAAUCUUGAUCUUUUAGUAAAUGGUACUAUUGCAAGUACAUUUAAUUUUGAUACCGAACUUAUUUCUGUACCUUUACCCGGUUUUCCUGGUAUACCAGGAAUUUUCAGUCUUGGUCCUUCAAUAGAUCUUGUUGUUGCAUCUAAAGUAGCUGCAAAUAUAACAGGUUCUCUUAGUUUUGGUGGUGAUGUUGGUUUGCCAAGUUUUAACGCUAAUGCUUCUUUUGUUGAUAUAACUAAACCAACAUUUAUACAAUCAGGUUUUGUACCUGAAUCAAAUUUACAUAAACCAAAAUUUGGUAUUUCUUCUGCUUCCGUUGAUAUUAAUGGUUCAAUUAAACCACAAUUAGCUUUUGGUGUUGAUGUACUUAAAGGAAAAUUUGAAAAGAAAGUUGGUUUUCAAAUCGUUGGUUCUCUUGAUAAUAAUAUUUCUUUUGGUAACAAAGCUGCUUGUACAAGAAAAACCCAACCCCGUCUUAAAACUGAUAUUAAUGGUAAUUUAGGUUUUUUUGUUAAUGAAAAAGGUUUCCCUGUUGUGAAUUUCCCUACCAUAAAUUUAAUAGAUAAAUGUUUAUAAUAAUAAUUAUUUUAUAAUAUAGUAUACUUUAUUUACGCUCUCUUUUUUUUAUAAAG